AUGAUGGAGGUUAAUCCCAUUGAUCUGAGCAAUGAAGAACUCAACUUUGAGUUAGAGCUUCGUGGUGUAGCAGGCCUUGGGCCGAUGACGCACAGAAUUAAGUGUACGACACUAGAGAAAGUUAUGCAAGCUGAUUUGAAAUCGGGGAGAAUUUACGCAUCCUCGUCUCACGUAGUGGAUGGUUCGUCGGAGAUUAAAAUCUGUCAAUCGCGGAUCAAUCGUUUGUUGCCCCAAAUUAUCACCGGAAUAGAACGGAACAAUAUCGCUUUCCUCGAACCAAUCGUGUCGCGCUUGAACCAUUACUACAAUCGGCUCACCCUGGUUUCGCCGCCGUCCGCGGACAUGCGAGAAGAGUGGACAGGAGUGCGAGACACGAUAACGCGUACGAAACGGCAGGUUUUCCGAAUUCUUUACCCAGCCAACCAGUCAACAAAUCAGUACAGUGUCAGUUCGGUUUCAAACUCCACAGCGCCGGCGCACAACAGCACAGCUGUCAGCAGCGAUAGCGCUCAGCAAAACAAUCAGCUAUCGCUAGCAGGUGCAGCUGGGGGCGAUUCGUCGGGCAUGGAGAGAGGAAGUUCUGCAAGCGCGCGAGGAGCAUCAACCGGAGCCAUCCCGAAAAGGACAUCGGACCAAAGCGUGAAUGAUCUGCUACUUCUGUCGGGUCAAGCUUCGGCGCAAGCCAGCAACGCAGCAGCACAAGCACGUGGAGGACAAGGCUUACCGGUCGAUCCAAGGCCGCAUUUGCUAGGUCGAGGGCGAGGGCGGCCAAUUUUCAACCCGAAUCAUCAUCAGCGCAACCCUCAGCCACUUCCACCGAACCUAGGACGAGACAUUACUCCACCGCCACGGCUGGGGAACGAUGACGCAGAAUACAACGAACUGAGGGAUCGGGUACUGUGUGAUCUGCUUCGCCGCGAACGUCAACCAGCCGAAGGCGCGCGAAUUCCGAAGGCAAUCCACAACUGGCCAUUCAAGUUCCGUGGAACUAAAGAUUCCACCAACCUGAACACGUUCCUGGAUCGAGUAGAAUCAUUCGCUCUCUCGGAGGGAGUCAAUAACGCGAUGUUGCUGCGGGCGAUCAAGCACCUGCUGCAGGACGACGCUCUGGACUGGUACAGCCGUGCGCUCAACGAAGGAGAAUUGGACACCUGGGAGAACUUUAAGCUGAUGAUCCGGCAAGAGUACCUGUCGAGCCAUCACGGCCAGCUGCUGCGCGAAGAAGCAUCGUCGAGAUACCAAGGCGCAAACGAAAAGUUCCAGAAGUACUAUCGGGAUAUCUCUGCGCUCUUCCGCUUCGUGCAACCGCCGAUGUCACAGGAGGACAAGUUUUUCAUACUGAAAAAGAACAUGAACCCAGAGUACGCAACCAUCCUGGCGUCGGCAAGACCGCAGACAAUCCAAGACAUGGUCGAAGUUUGCAACGCCUAUGACGACACGCGUACGCUUCUCACACACCAGCGUCGAACGCCAAUCCCGCACAGUUCGCUUCUCGAGCCAAAUCUGGCCACACCCAGCGGUUCGCAGCGCUCACAAGCAAACAACGCAGGAUGGCAGAGGUUUGGCGGCAGGGUGAAUGCGAUCGACAGUCGGGAAGAGAACCAGGACAGGCGAGGGAGAUACGACGCGGCAAGCGCGGACCAGCGGGACAACCUGGACGAGGACGAUUGGACGGAACAGAUAGAACAACUGACGCAGCAGAUUUGUGCGAUCCGUACACAGUUUCAGAAACGCAGCAACGAACAGUACAGAAGAGGAGGAAACUAUGCAGGACAGCGUUGGCAAUCCCAUCAACAACAUCCGGUAGCAGAAGAACAGCAGCCGAUGGGGGCAAGAAACAACCAUCAGCAAAGCGAGUCCGCGCAACCGCGAGUCAACCAGCGUAGUCCAGAACAAGUAGCGACAAGACCAAGGGCGGAACAAAGACAAGGCACGUUGUUGUGUUGGAAUUGCGACGAAGAGGGACACCGUUUCACUGAUUGUGACAAAGCGCAAGCCGUGUUCUUCUGCUACAGAUGCGGCCGCAAAGGAUACACGCUCAGAAACUGUCCGGAGUGCUACGCAGAACAGGGAAACGGUCAAGCGGGGAGCCACGAAAACCGUCCACACGCGACGAUCAACAUAUUGGGCAAAGAGAUCACCGGUCUGCUGGACAGCGGAGCGAACUGUUCGCUUCUCGGAGGAGCUUGGGUGGACAUCGUAGACGAACUGCAGCUGAAGAGAGGAACACUCAAGGGCGGCAUCCAAACAGCGGACGGAACGAACCACGAGAUCGAGGAGUUUGCGAACCUACCAAUAGCGUACAACGGAAGACACGAAACGAUUCCAGUUCUGCUGAUCCCUUCGCUACCAAACUCUUUGAUUCUCGGCAUGAACUUUUGGGAAGCCUUCGGAGUCAAAGCAAUCUGCUGUUCGAUCACGACAAAACCGAUCGAAACCGAACCGGAUCCGGAACCCAUGCGAGAACUCAACAAGCAGGAACAGUGGCAGCUGGACAAGGCGAUCGUGAAGUUUCCGUGUAGCCGGGAAGGCAUGAUCGGACGCACAACGAAGUACGUGCACCGAAUUGACAUUGGAGAGGCGAAACCGAAGAAGCAGAGGGUCUACGUCAUGUCGAAGUACGUGCUGGAUGAGGUCAACAAGGAGGUCGACCGGAUGCUCGCGCUGGACGUGAUCGAAGAAGCAAUGUUCAGUCCCUGGAACAACCCGCUGGUGGCGGUGAAGAAGAAAACGGGCCAGUAUAGAGUGUGUCUGGACGCGCGCUACCUGAACUCGAUCAUGCAGAACGAAGGGCACCCGAUUCCGCAGAUCGCCAACAUCAUCAACAACCUGGGCGGCUGCAGGUACAUCUCGUCGAUCGACUUGAAGGACGCAUUCUGGCAGUUGCCGCUGGAAAAGGAGUCAAGACCAAUGACAGCGUUUACUGUACCGGGACGUGGCCACUUCCAGUUCAAGGUUGUACCGUUUGGGUUGUGUACAGCGAGCCAAGCCCUGGCGCGCUUGAUGACGCAUCUAUUCGCCGAUCUCGAGCCGCAUGUUUUCCACUACCUAGACGACGUGAUCAUCUGUUCCAGGAAUUUUGACGAACAUCUUAGGCUGCUGAACAUCGUUGCCGAGCGACUGAGGGACGCAAACCUUACGAUAUCUCCAGACAAGUCGAAAUUCUGCCGCAGCGAGAUGAAGUACCUGGGAUACGUGCUGAACGAAAACGGCUGGAAGGUCGACGAAGGCAAGGUAGCGUGUAUUGUGAAGUUUCCGAGACCAGAGAACAGAAAGGACGUACAACGUUUCUUGGGGCUUUGCGGUUGGUAUCGUCGUUUUAUCGCCAACUUCUCGUGCAUUGCAGUGCCGCUCACCGAGCUAACGAAAGCGAAAGUCAAGUUCAAGUGGACUCCGGCCGCUGAGGACGAGUUCGUAAAGCUGAAGUCGUUGCUAGUGUCUGCGCCCGUUCUGGCCAUGCCGGACUACUCGAAGCCGUUCAACAUAGCGUGUGACGCAAGCGACACGGCCAUCGGUGCGGUACUCGCGCAAGAGAUCGACGGAGAGGAACACCCGAUCGCGUACUUCUCGCAAAAGCUGUCCGCUUCGGAGCGCAACUACUCAGUGACGGAAAGGGAAUGUUUAGCGGUCAUCAGAGCAAUUGAACACUUUCGUGGUUACGUCGAAGGAGUAAGAUUCACGGUGUACUGCGACCACUCGGCUCUGACGUACUUGCGAUCGAUCAAGAACCCUACCGCGCUGAUGUGCAGAUGGAUUUUGCGGCUAAACGCGUUUGACUUCAAGAUCGAGUACCGAAAAGGAUCGUGCAACGUCGUCCCCGACGCGCUCUCAAGGAUUGUUGCGUCGCUGGUGUUUGCGGUGAAGGCGAUGGACGACAGCUGGUACAAGCGAAUGAAGCAGAGCGUGGAAAAACAGCCGGACAAGUUUCCGGACUUCAAAGUUGCGAACGGCGAGCUGUACAAGAACUGUCGCUGCAAGGAUGAAUUGGGAAAUACGGUGCACAAAUGGAAGAAAGCAGUUCCGUUGGGCGAAAGAGCAGACGUGAUCAGCAAGUUCCACGAUUCGGUGACCGGUGCGCACUUGGGAUUCCAGAAAACGUGGCAAAAGCUGCAGAACUUCUACUACUGGCCAAAGAUGCAGCAAGACGUUGGUCGUUACGUUCGCUCCUGUGCGGUCUGUAAGGCCAGCAAAGCGCCAAACACCAAGAUGAUGCCGACGAUGGGAAAGCUCAAGCCAGCGCGCGUGCCCUGGGAACUCAUCUCGAUCGAUUUUGUGGGUCCACUGCCGAGGUCGAAAGACGGGAACACGGUUCUGCUCGUGAUUGUAGACUGGGUAACGAAGCCAAGGAUCGUGCUCAGCGACAACGGCAAGCAGUUUGUGUCAGCAGCGUUCAAAUCGCUUCUCGCACGGCACAAGAUCGAGCACAUGACCACCGCAUACUACUGCCCGAUGGUCAACAACGCCGAGCGCGUCAACAGAGUGCUGGUCACCUGCAUCCGAGCACUGCUCGACGAGGAUCACCGUUCCUGGGACGAGAACUUGCCGUCGAUUGUUGCGGCGAUCAACAGCGCGAAGCACGAAGCCACCGGGGUAAGCCCGCACUUUGCGAAUUUUGGAAGGGACCUGAUUCUGCAUACCGAUCUGUACAAACAGCAAGAUCUGAACGCGCCGCACGAUCCAAAGCUCGCACAGGACUUGCGUCUGUCGAAUAUCAAGCGAAUCCACGAGUUCGUCAUCCAGAAGAUCAAGAACAACCACGAGAAGUCCAAGCAGCGAUACAACCUGCGCACUCGAGCCGUGUCGUUCAAAGUGGGAGAACUUGUUUGGCGGAAGCUGUUCUCGUUGUCGUCUAAAGCAGAUCACGUCAACCAGAAGCUCAACCCGAAGUACGUUCCGGCGAUCGUGAAGGCGGUGCUCGGCCACAACCUGUACGAGCUGGAGGACAUCUCGAGUGGCAAGCGAGGACGGUACCACGCCAAAGACCUGAAGUCCGACUGA